AUGGGCCCAGCUCACAAUACGAGCGUCAAACUCAGACACAGAAUGUUAGUGUAUAUGGGCCCAGCUCACAACGCGAGUCUCAAACUCAGACGCAGGAUGUUUGUGGAUAUGAGCCCAGCUCGAAAUACGAGUCACAAACUCAGAUUCAGGACCUUAGUGAAUAUGGGUCCACCUCGAUAUUCGAGUUCCAAACUUAGACUAAGGUGGACAGUGAAUAAGGGCCCAGCUCACAAUACGAGUCUUAAACUCAGACUCACAAUCUCGAAAUACGAGUCUCAAACUCAGACUCAGGAUGUUAGUGAAUAUGGGCCCAGCUCACAAUACGAGUCUCAAACUCAGACUCAGACUCAGGAUGUUAGUGAAUAUGGUCCCAGCUCGAAAUACGAGUCUCAAACUCAGACUCAGGAUACUCAGGAUGUUUAUAAAUAUGGUCAAAAGUCACAAUACCAGUCUAAACCUCAGAUUCAGGAUGAUGCUAGUGAAUAUGGGCCAAGCUCUCAAUACGAGUCUCAAACUCAGAUGCAGGAUGCUAGUAAAUAUUGGCCAACCUCAAAGUCAGACUCAGGGCUCAGAUCUAAAAACGAGUAUCAAACUCAAACUCAGGAUGCUAGUGAAUAUGGGCCAAGCUCACAAUACGAGUCUCAAUCUCAGACUCAGACUCAGGAUGUUAGUGAAUAUGGGCCCAGCUCACAAUACGAGUCUCAAACUCAGACUCAGGAUGUUAGUGAAUAUGGGCCUAGCUCUCAAUACGAGUCUCAAACUCAGACUCAGGACAAUCAGGAUGCUAGUGAAUAUGGGCCAAGCUCUCAAUACGAGUCUCAAACUCAGAUGCAGGAUGCUAGUAAAUAUUGGCCAACCUCAAAGUCAGACUCAGGGCUCAGAUCUAAAAACGAGUAUCAAACUCAAACUCAGGAUGAUAGUGAAUAUGGGCCAAGCUCACAAUACGAGUCUCAAACUCAGACUCAGGUGGGUAGUGAAUAUGGGCCCAGCUCACAAUACGAGUCUCAAACUCAGACUCAGGUGGUUAGUCAAUAUGGGCCCAGCUCAAACUCAGACUCAGGAUGUUAA